UUCUAGUAGCGAGGAGCUCGUGCGUGCCCUGCGCCAGCACCUUACCGUCAGUGAGAUCCGCACAGUUUGCCUCACGGAUUAUUUAUUUGAUGUGCAAUAUGACCUACGAGGAAUUUUGCGGGGAUAACGCUACGGAAAGAAUGGAGUCUGUGGUGAAGGCACUGGAGGAGGUGCUGACUGCUGCUUUACCUCAGGGCUGCAUCACAGUCGGAGUUUACGAGGCUGCAAAAUCUCUCAACAUAGAUCCAGACAACGUGGUCUUGUGUCUUCUGGCUACGGACGAGGAGGACGUCCAGGACGUCGCCCUUCAGAUCCACUUCACACUCAUCCAGGCCUUCUGCUGCGAAAACGACAUCAACAUUCUGCGUGUGAGCAACAUGAGGUGGCUGGCGGAGAUCCUGGACGGUGUUAAGCCCAUGGGAGGAGAGCCGGUGGACCUGCACUGCGUCUUAGUCACCAAACCACAGUCGUCUGCAUGCAAAGACCCAGCCUUGAGUAAACUAAAUCGUUUCUGCAGAGACAGUCGCUGUUUGGACCAGUGGGUGCCCGUCAUCAACCUGCCUGAACGAUGAUGAUUAGCUGUCGGAUCAUACCACGAAACCACACAAAGCUACUGCACCGUAUUUGUGUAUACCUGCCUCUGCCGAAACCCUGGACUGUCUUUACAUUGUCACAAGGAGGAUGACAGGAGGGGGAAAAUCGACAAAAUGCAAGGAACAAGGAAAUCUAAUCCACCAGCAAUGCUGAUCAGGAGCAUGGGGAUUUUCUUUCAGGCCCAGAGAGGGAGGCAUGAACAGGAAGCAUGACUCAGCAGGGUGUUGGCAAUGUUCACAAAGAAUGAACAGCUCCUGCCUUUCCGGGAAUAAUGAGACUGCACCGGAAAUCAAAAGACCAGAAUAAAUUGGAGUGACUGCACUGAGCACAACUCAGAUCGAUGGAUUACUAAACACAUUUCCAAAACACAAUGUUCUGGAAAUUGGAAGGGGCCUUUUAACUUAUGAUGUUUAAUUAUUACCUUUAAUUAUUCUAUUUAAACAGGGCGAAAUAGUGCUUUUGGUUUUUGCAAAACAGAUACGUUUUGUAAAACUUUACAGUUGUGACCGUUCUCUUUGUUCGUCUGUUAAAUGUGUUAAUUUAAUGAUUUGUAUUUAUGUUGCAAUGUACAGUUUUUUAAAAACUGUUAAAUAAAUAAAAUUUAAAGCGCAAAA